GACUUUUAGCAUCUGAAGCGUAGAAGAAGACGCCCAUAGCGCGCCAUGUUCAUUUGCCAAAUGUUUACUUCAAAUUCUAAAUUAAAAAUGCGCUUUGCUUGAUCAUUUACCUUAAUACAUUUGUACAACUGAACUUGUGAUGUUAAAAUGUCAACGCUCGUCUUAGACAAUGGUGCGUACUUCGCUAAAAUCGGGUACAGUCAUGAGAAAGUCAGUGUUAUCCCAAAUUGCCAAUUCCGUUCGAAGACCUCCAGACUGAAAACAUUCACUGCUAAUCAGUUGGAUGAAAUCAAAGAUCCGUCUGGACUCUUCUACAUCCUUCCUUUUCAAAAGGGGUUCCUUGUAAACUGGGAUGUGCAGCGCAAAGUCUGGGAUCAUCUGUUUGGAAAAGAGAUGUUUAAGGUGGACUUUGCAGAUACCAACAUUGUGAUAACAGAACCGUACUUCAACUUCAGCUCAAUUCAGGAAUCCAUGAAUGAGAUUUUAUUUGAAGAAUAUCAGUUCCAGUCAGCACUCAGAAUUAAUGCUGGAUCUUUGAGUGCUCAUCGGUACUUCCAUGAGAAUAACUCCGAGCUGUGUUGCAUUGUGGUGGACAGCGGCUUCUCCUCCACGCACAUUGUUCCCUAUUGCAGAGGAAGAAAGAUGAAGGAGGGCAUUUGCAGGAUAAAUGUAGGAGGAAAGCUGCUCACCAACCAUUUGAAGGAGAUCAUUUCAUACAGGCAGCUGCAUGUGAUGGAUGAGACUUAUGUGAUUAAUCAGGUCAAGGAAGAUGUGUGUUAUGUGUCACAAGAUUUCUGCAAGGACAUGGAGAUUGCACAUGUUAUCCCAAAUUGCCAAUUCCGUUCGAAGACCUCCAGACUGAAAACAUUCACUGCUAAUCAGUUGGAUGAAAUCAAAGAUCCGUCUGGACUCUUCUACAUCCUUCCUUUUCAAAAGGGGUUCCUUGUAAACUGGGAUGUGCAGCGCAAAGUCUGGGAUCAUCUGUUUGGAAAAGAGAUGUUUAAGGUGGACUUUGCAGAUACCAACAUUGUGAUAACAGAACCGUACUUCAACUUCAGCUCAAUUCAGGAAUCCAUGAAUGAGAUUUUAUUUGAAGAAUAUCAGUUCCAGUCAGCACUCAGAAUUAAUGCUGGAUCUUUGAGUGCUCAUCGGUACUUCCAUGAGAAUAACUCCGAGCUGUGUUGCAUUGUGGUGGACAGCGGCUUCUCCUCCACGCACAUUGUUCCCUAUUGCAGAGGAAGAAAGAUGAAGGAGGGCAUUUGCAGGAUAAAUGUAGGAGGAAAGCUGCUCACCAACCAUUUGAAGGAGAUCAUUUCAUACAGGCAGCUGCAUGUGAUGGAUGAGACUUAUGUGAUUAAUCAGGUCAAGGAAGAUGUGUGUUAUGUGUCACAAGAUUUCUGCAAGGACAUGGAGAUUGCACAAGAGGAGAUGAAUUUUACUGGCAAAUAUAAAACUGGGGAUCAGAUUUUGCGGCUCACCAAUGAGAGGUUUGCAGUGCCAGAGAUGCUCUUUCACCCCUCUGACAUUGGCAUUCAGGAGAUGGGCAUACCUGAGGCUUUGGUCAACUCCAUUAACAACAUGCCAGAAGAGAUGCAGCCCCACUUCUACAAGAACAUUGUUCUUACUGGUGGCAACACCUUGUUCCCUGGAUACAGAGAUCGGGUUUACAAAGAAGUCCGGGCACUCGCUCCUGUAGAAUAUGAAGUUUCUGUCGUUCUGCCACAGAAUCCUAUUUGUUACCCAUGGGAAGGAGGAAAGUUAUUGGCCGAAAACCCUGACUUUGAAGAGAUGGCGGUCAUGCGAGAGGAUUAUGAGGAAAAUGGACACUAUGUAUGCGAGGAGAAGUUUGAUGUUUGACCUGCACAUGAAUUGUCUGUCAUUUUGCACAGAAAAUGUGAACCCUGUAUGUGUUGUAUGAAAACUAAGCUGUACAUUGGCAUACUGUACAUUACACUCAAUAUUACUCGUCAACAUACCUUUUGACUUUAAAUGUCAUAAUUUUGUUGUUUCCCCCCUCUUUAUAGAACUCUUCGU